CCCCGCCGGGCGCUGCUGGGCUGACGGGUGGCGGCGGCGGGGGGUGUCGCUGCCGGGGGCGCGCGGGCGGAGGAGGAGGAGGAGGAGGAGGAGGAAGGCGGCAACAGCAGCAGCAGCAGCUCUCGGGAGGAGCCUGUCCAGCGUGAGACAGCACAUUCAGCCGCCGGCGGCGGUCCUGCUGCAGCGGCGCGGCGCGGCGCGGCGCGGCUGGGCACGGCACGGCACGGCACGGCACGGCACGGCACGGCGGACAGCAGCCGUUCGGGCAGCGGGGCGUCCGUCCGCUCCCUCGGCGGCCCGGGGGGCUCGGUGAGGGCUGCGCGGCGCCGGGAGCCUCUCCGCAUCGCCCGGGCGCCGGCGGGGAGCAGAGUCAAAAUGUCAGACAAAAGUGAUUUAAAAGCAGAACUUGAGCGCAAAAAGCAGCGUUUGGCUCAGAUAAGAGAAGAAAAGAAACGGAAGGAGGAAGAAAGGAAGAAGAAAGAGGCUGAUCUACAGCAGAAGAAGGAGCCAGCUCAGGAAGAUUCUGACCUAGACCGCAAAAGAAGAGAGACAGAAGCUUUGUUACAGAGCAUUGGUAUAUCCCCAGAACCACCUCUAGUCCCAACCCCUAUGUCUCCCUCUUCGAAAUCAGUGAGCACACCCAGUGACGCAGGCAGCCAGGACUCGGGAGAUCUGGGACCCAUAGGAAGGACCUUGCAAUGGGACACAGACCCCUCAGUGCUGCAGCUCCAGUCUGACUCUGAACUUGGACGCAGACUGCACAAACUAGGCGUCUCAAAGAUUACCCAGGUUGAUUUCUUACCUCGGGAGGUGGUAUCAUACUCCAAGGAGACACAGACACCUCUUGCCACGCAUCAAUCUGAAGAGGAUGAAGAUGAUGAAGAGAUGGUGGAGCCAAAAGCACAGGAUGACUUGGAGAUGGAAAAUCAAGACCAGAAGCAGGAAGUGAAAGAAGCUCCUCCUAGAGAACUGACAGAAGAAGAAAAACAGCAAGUUCUCCAUUCAGAAGAAUUCCUGAUAUUUUUUGACCGGACAAUACGUGUAAUUGAGAGAGCUUUGGCUGAAGAUUCAGACAUCUUCUUCGACUACAGUGGCAGAGAUGUAGAAGAGAAAGAUGGAGAUGUUCAAGCAGGAGCCAACCUUUCCUUUAACCGUCAGUUUUAUGAUGAGCACUGGUCAAAGCAUCGUGUUGUCACCUGUAUGGAUUGGUCUCUUCAGUACCCUGAGUUGAUGGUUGCAUCUUAUAACAAUAAUGAAGAUGCUCCGCAUGAGCCUGAUGGGGUAGCCUUGGUAUGGAACAUGAAGUUCAAGAAAACCACACCGGAAUAUGUUUUCCAUUGUCAGUCCUCCGUGAUGUCUGUCUGUUUUGCCCGCUUUCACCCAAACCUGGUUGUUGGUGGAACAUAUUCUGGCCAAAUUGUCUUGUGGGAUAAUCGCAGUCACAGGCGCACUCCAGUUCAGAGGACUCCCUUAUCUGCUGCUGCUCACACGCAUCCUGUGUAUUGUGUGAAUGUAGUUGGAACGCAGAAUGCGCACAAUCUCAUUACCGUCUCUACGGAUGGCAAAAUGUGCUCCUGGAGCCUGGACAUGCUCUCAACUCCACAGGAGAGCAUGGAGCUGGUGUACAAUAAGUCCAAACCAGUGGCGGUUACAGGAAUGGCUUUCCCAACCGGAGAUGUCAAUAACUUUGUCGUUGGGAGUGAAGAGGGAACAGUCUACACAGCCUGUCGUCAUGGAAGUAAAGCUGGCAUCGGUGAAAUUUUUGAAGGCCAUCAAGGACCUGUCACAGGAAUCAAUUGUCACAUGGCAGUGGGUCCAAUUGACUUUUCCCAUCUCUUUGUCACAUCAUCAUUUGACUGGACAGUCAAGCUGUGGACCACAAAGCACAACAAGCCGCUCUACUCCUUUGAAGACAAUGCCGACUAUGUCUACGAUGUCAUGUGGUCGCCAGUGCAUCCCGCGCUCUUCGCCUGCGUGGACGGGAUGGGGCGCCUGGAUCUGUGGAACCUGAAUAACGACACCGAGGUUCCCACAGCCAGCGUCACCAUAGAAGGAGCUUCUGCCCUCAACCGUGUCCGCUGGGCCCAGGCUGGGAAGGAGGUAGCAGUUGGUGAUUCAGAAGGCCGCAUAUGGAUCUAUGAUGUUGGAGAGCAAUAGCGCUCCACCCAUCUCCUACAGCACCAACUUCUGAAAAGGCCUCAUCACCAGAAGAACUCAUCCCUGCCUGACUAAUUACUCAGUAGCAUCCACUUAUUUGAAGGUGCAUCUCUCUGAUUUGGGAAGAUGGGUGUGAUCACUUCCAUUAGAAAGUCAGCAGGCAACUUUACAAAGACCCUAAAUACACUCACCAAAAACAUUAAUGCUCCACUUGUACUGCACCCUUUUUAAAACCUCUCUUUUCUUAUGACUGUUCCAAAUAUCACAUUAGAUCAGCUGUAAAUUCAAAAAUAUUAUUUCCAUCAGAAAAAAAAAUUGUGAAUAUACUUGUAUUAUAAUAAAGCACCGUGUCUUUGACUUUCACAUUACUACAGAAGCAAUUUUUCCUACCUCUUUGAACAGACAGAAUUGACUCUAUUAAUUUUGAUCAGAGCGGAAAAUAUCAGGAGAUCAAAUCAUUAAGGAAAAAAUUUAAGUGAUGGGAAUUUUUACUUUCGUAGAUUCAUCGCAGUUUUAAGGAACUGUUCUAGAGAACAGUAGAAUGUACUGCUGCUAUAAACCCAUAUGUUGUAAAGAGAAAACCAUAUAUGGCCUAAGUGAAAAUGUAAGACACAAAACCUAAACUUACAUCCUUUGUGAAGGCAAGGAGUGUGAGAUCAGUUCUGUUACGCUUGUGUAAGAAUUUAGGAUUUGGCCCUUUUUGAUAUGUUACCCAGUCAGUCUUUAUGACACAAGAAGUGGCAGAAACAUGAAGAACGUUGCAGCAUCCAUGACCAGGGAGUUAAAAAUAGUGGUGACAUUUUCAGUUAAGCUAUAUAAUGUUAUCUCCUUAGAGUAUGUACUUUUAGUUGUUUGAUUUCGGCAUCGUGUCUGAAAAUAACUGAACACAUUUAUUUUCACAGUGAGGGGUCUAUUUUGUCCUCCAUGCGUGUGCUUUAUGCCCAUUAGCAUUAAUGGGAGUUAUACACACACUUCCAGGGGAGAGGAGGCUU